AUGGGUGACGAUGAAUCCCGACUCCUUCUCGACGAUCCAAACAACUCCCAAUAUGGAAGCUUUGGCGACCAGAACAUGAAUGCACAGGCAGACCCUCAAGAGUCACAACGUGAAACCGAGGCUCUUCAAAAGGUUGUUGCGAAAACAUCCAACAAUCUGGUUGAUAUCUUCGAGAUCGCACCUCAAGAACCACAGCAGGCCUACCCUGCCGCUGUUGACAGUCAAGAUGUCCGCCUCUCCCGGUACCAGGCGAUUCUGUCAAAACUCUCGGCCGACGACGACGACGACAAGUCCACAGGCCAUGUGGACUGGCUGAGCGACGAUGACACAAUGGACACGCCUACAGGUCCGCCGAGUGUCAAGGAGGGUGCAGGUGAGCCUCUUGUGGGCACUUUUGCAGACGCAACAGCCGUAGCCUAG